UGUUGUCGAGCGUUCAGCAGGAAUGAAUGUGUGAAGCUGGAGAGUUAAUGCGUUUUCGCUUCUAUAGGAGUCGAAAUUGAGGACGCACUUCCGGUGCGUUAUAUGCGUUUCGACUUGGGGACGGAGUUCAGUGUUAACGCACCUUCGCCGUCGUAUACUGUUUCGCGCACUUUUAUGGAUGGUGGAAAACCAAUGUUCCCCCCCCCUGGGAGAAAAAGUGGUCGGGACUGGACGCGCAACCGUCAUCGAGGUGGGCGACCGAAGGGGGGACGCCGCUUUUUCUGCGUGGCUCCGUUCUCCACAGUGUGCCCCACGCCCCGCCCUCUGUGGGCUGGUGUAGCGAGGGAGUUGUACGGUGAGAAGAUAGUCGAUAGUUUGAGUGAGGUCGAGGAAGAGAAGGCGGCUUUCAGUGGUUGUGAAGUUGGGAUUUCGGUCAGGAAUCGUGAGGUUUGAGGAUUGGCGACGUUCGCUAAAGGAAACUUUUCAUACCUGUGGACAGGAUGCCAGCGGACGAACAGCAACAGCAACUCCCGCGGGAGGGGACCGCCAGCACGGAACCCACCUGCAGGGUGUACGUGGGUAACCUCUCGUGGAAAGUUAGGUGGCAGCACUUGAAGGAUCAUAUGAAGCAGGCUGGCGAAGUUUUGCGAGCGGAUGUGUUCGAGGACUUUCAAGGCCGCAGCAAGGGGUGUGGUAUUGUCGAGUACACAAACGUUGAGGAUGCCCAGAAGGCCAUCAAGGAACUCACGGAUACGGAGCUAUUUGAUCGGUUGAUUUUCGUCCGCGAAGAUCGUGAAGACGGACAGAAGUUCAGCGGCGGCCGCGGAGGCGGGUAUGGAAGCAGGGGAGGUUACGGGGCUAGAGGGGGUGGCCCGAUGUGGGCAGGCGGCUACUAUGGCGGAGGGAUGUAUAGAGGCAGAGGCGGCGGGGGCUACUACGGGGGCUAUGGCGGACGAUUCAACGGUCCGCCUCCCUACAACAUGUACGGCGACAUGGGCUACUACGGAGGUCCCAGGGCAUUUCGCGGGCGUGGCGGCAUGCGCGGCGGCAUGCGAGGGGGCUUCGGCGCCUACGGUGGGGGCUUCCGAGGUGGGCGUGGCGGAUACGCCGGUGGCGCAGGCGGCCACGGCGACGGAAGCGGCCGACAAGUCUUCAUCUCGAAUUUGCCCUGGAGGACUUCGUGGCAAGAUUUGAAGGACUUGUUCCGCGAGUGCGGUGAUGUCGUCAGGGCCGAUGUCAUGACGAUGCCCGAUGGCCGUUCGAAGGGAGUGGGCACUGUGCUUUUCUCCACCCCUGAGGGAGCACAACGCGCGGUGGAAAUGUUUAAUGAAUACAUGUUGGACGGCCGUCCGAUUUCAGUGCGAAUUGACCGAGUGGCGUAGAUUUUAGCUUUCUGUCAUCCUGUCUCCCCUUCUUACCCUCAGUUAUUGUCCAGUGAACAGAAGAAUCAGGUGUCUGCUAGCUUCUUCUUCCGUCCGCCCUCUCCACGUCGAAGCGGGAAAGUCUUGUCCUGAUUCGACUGUUCACGCUUGCUAGGAUGACGCAGACGUUUCAUAUAUACCGUGACGAUUUUGUACGUAUUCACAUCCGGAAAGACAUUUACUACUGAUAUUGUUCAUAGUUGAUUCACAAAAUCGCGAAACAUAUCCGUUGACAUGUGUGGUGAAGAAAAGCCAUUCACAUUCCCUUGUCGGAAGAUGCGGUGAAAAAAUCUUUCCUCGUUCCCCGGUGGACGCUCUUUCGUUGCCCCUUCAGACAUCGUGUAUCCUCGGUGUGAAUGCCGUUCGAGUAUUGUUUGGCACAUGUAUUCCAGGGGAGCAUCGAGCGUCCGUGUCUUAGGGGCCAGAAGAGGGGCGUUAGUGUGACUAUCGUGGAAAGGGCAUGGCUAUGUGGGAGGUCCUGCAACGAUAUCACAAGGUAUUUGUCAGUGGGGGGAUUUGUUACUGUGCUCCUUCCUGCUGUUCAAAUGGGCGCCUGGCGUGCGCGCUCCUCUACGUUCUGACCUCUUGUUGUCAGAUACAUAUAGCCGGAAAUGACAAACUCGAGGACUUUUUUUCUCAUCUUCAGUACCAAAAAUUAAUCGUCCUGAUACACAUUAACAAACGCGUUCAAAAUAUCUUCCGUG